AUGCAAAGUCCACAAGAGAUUCAACUGCUAGGUUCACUUGCCAGUGCCGAGGAAUUAGUGCGAAAAUCUAAUGAAACAAUUGCGUCAUUCUGCACCGGAUCAAAGAAGAAUUUUCCAGAUGGAAGCAGUGCAGAAUUCCAGAAAUUGGGAGAAUUGUACAGUAAUUUGAGAGAUAUCCUCUCACAAGAACGCAUUGGGACAGAAAAUAAUCGCUUAGUAGGAGAAUAUAACAGUUCCACGAGGAAAAUUCUAUUAAGAAAAAUUUUUGGAAGUAUACAAUAUUUCGGCCAUGCAAAUGAACAGAAUGAGACUUUCCUAGAGCCUCACGAGGCUCUUUACCUUCUGGAGAUGAAUCGAUUAAUUAUUUACUACAAUUCUGUCAUAGUUUCACUCGAACAAGCCUACGAAAUCUUCCUUCAUGCUCAAGAAGAUUGCUUAACUCUCGAAGAGUACUUUGUAUACUCUUCACUUAAUAAACUGGGUUAUAUCGUCAGAAAAUUCAACCCAAACAUUAUCUAUUCCAUCGGGAUUGAAUGUCCCCGAGGUUCACCAAAAGGUAAAAGGAAAAUCACAGAGGAUGAACCUAGUUCUUCAAAGAAAUUUAAGGCAGAUGAACCUUCUACAAGUUACUCUGGAGAGAGCACAGUUAAUGACUUAAUCAAUCUAUCACCUGAAAUGGAAUUCGAAAGCGUCUUCGAAUCCUUCAAUGUAAUAAAAUUAACACCCGGAAAGGAUAAUCUAGCGAAACAAACAUUAAAAUUCAGCUUUGAUCUUUACAAUCCGACAAAGAUUUACAAAAAAUCUCAACCUCCAGCGCCCGAUUACAGAAUUCUCGUACUCAGAUCUGACCAAAACUGUCCCGAAAGAGACGAUUUAAUGCAACUCUAUAACAGCUGCGAGACCAAAGGCCCUAUUAUCGUUGUUUACCUAGACAAUAAUCUUAAAAUGAGUGGAUUUCUCUAUAAAUUUGCAUAAAUGUAAAUCUUAUCAGUGUGUGAUGUUAUUGAAAUAAACUGAUUAUCAGAGAUUUGUCCUUUGAGAA